AUGGCGGCCACUGCAAUGUCCACGGCCCGACCCGUGAGUACCAAUACCAAUACUGCAACGCCCAAUGGCCAAGGUGAAGAUUCAACAACAGAUGACUCUGUUAGCGAAACUCAACGCACAACUAAAAGCACCGAAAUAAACAUUGUUAGGGAUCAAACGAUCAUGGAGAGCACCAGCUUGCCCGAAAUUAAGGCCAGAACGAAACUCGAGACGACACUCAUCAUGAGCGCUUUGUGUGUAUCCCUCUUUCUUUCUGCUCUCGACACGACCAUUAUAUCAACUGCUGUGCCGACCAUUGUUUCCCAUUUCAACUCUAGCUCUGGGUACAUUUGGGUGGGCAGUGCGUAUCUGCUUGGAAACGCGGCUGUUGUGCCAGUCUGGGGAAAGCUGUCCGACAUCUUCGGUCGCAAGCAAGCAUUGCUACUUACGGUCAGUAUAUUCUUGUUUGGUUCGCUUCUGUGUGCCGUCAGCCAAAGCAUGUCUAUGCUCAUUGCUGCCAGGGCUAUUCAGGGUAUUGGCGGUGGUGGCAACAUUCUGCUGCCCAACAUAUGCGUAUCUGAUCUUUUCCCACUACGCAAACGCGGCCUGUAUUUUGGCAUGCUCAGCAUGGUUUGGGCCAUAGCUUCGGCCCUGGGGCCCAUCAUCGGUGGCAUAUUCACUAGCAGGGUCUCUUGGCGUUGGUGCUUCUACCUCAAUCUUCCCCUUGGCGGCGUGGCGAUGGUAACCUUGAUCUUCUUCCUCAAGCUUCAUAACCCUCGCACGCCCAUCAGACAGGGUCUUGCUGCCAUUGAUUGGAUUGGCAAUCUCCUAAUCAUUGGCGGAACUCUCAUGAUCCUUCUUGGCCUUCAGCUUGGUGGUAGUGAUUACCCUUGGAAAUCUGCCACUAUCAUCUGCCUUAUCGUCUUCGGCGCCGUUACCCUUGCGAUUUUCUGCAUCUACGAGUCUAAGAUUGCAAAAUUACCCGUCAUACCUCCGCGAGUUUUCCGUUAUAGAAACAGUAUCUCCGCUUAUAGCUUGAGUGUCACGCACUCCAUGACUUUCUUGGGUGGAACCUACUGGAUGCCGUUAUAUUUCCAGUCUGUGCUUGGAGCUGAUUCUCUCAUGUCUGGAGUGUAUCUGCUGCCAUACGUCAUAUCCUCGUCCGUACUUUCUAUAGGCGCCGGGUUCUUCAUCAAGAACACUGGCAACUUCCGAUGGCCCAUUAUCAUCGGCCUGUUCGUCAUGACCUUGGGUCUCGGUCUCUUGACCUAUCUGGGCGAUAAGCCUCACUGGGACAGAAUCAUUAUAUUUCAGAUAAUUGCCGGAAUUGGAUCAGCUCCCAACUUCCAGGCACCUCUCAUUGCUAUCCAGACGAAUAUCGAACCUCAUGAUAUUGGUGCCGCGACAUCCAGCUACUCGUUUGCACGUCAAAUCGGCACAUCCGUCUCUGUCACCAUUGGCGGCGUCAUUCUCAGCAAUGUCAUGAACUCACAGCAGAACUACCUAGCGUCCGUCUUAGGCCCGCAGUUGGCGAAGGAAUUCAGUGGCCAGGAAGCUUCCGCUAGUAUUCAAAAAAUUAACGACCUCCCAAUUAAUCAAAUCCAGACGGUUAGGACAGCCUACUGGAAUGCGCUACAAAAGAUGUUUAUAUUUUACGCUUGCGUCUGCUUUGCCGGUUUUCUUAUCAGUUUCUGGAUCAAACAAACCACGUUGGAUAAGGAGCAUACAGAGCACAAGACUGGGCUUCAGUCGCUCAAGGUAGAAGACCGCCAAAAGAAGAAAAAGCCCGACGAGGAAAGCCCUACUCAGACGAGAAGCGUCGACGAAAAAGAGUAA